AUGAUGCUUAAACUCGCUGCUGCACUGCUCGUAUUAGUAGUUGCCUGUCAUGGCUUCUUACCCAAUGUUGGUGGUUAUAAAGAUCGUCCAGAUUUAGUUAAUGAUGAUAAAGUUAAAGCUUUGACAAGUUAUGCUGCUGAAUAUUUAUCUAGAGCACAAAAUCUUUUCCUUGCUAAUCUUCGAAUUAUCAAGGUUCAAACUCAAGUUGUUGAUGGAUUGAAUUAUAAAAUAGAUUUUUCUGCUACACCUGUCAAUGGUGCUCCUGGCCAAAAAACAACGUGUCAAGUUGUUGUCCAUGUUCGAUUUGAUGCAUCCAAGAACAUCGCACAAUCUCAAUGUCAAACAUCAUAA